AGAGAGAGAGAGAGAGAGAGAGAGAGAGAGAGAAGGCCCUUUGGAGGAGAAAACACAGCAAGGAAAGGAACAGCCAUCACAAAUAAGGAGGACAAAUCGGGGGAUAUCGGAUCGCUUCGGAGUUGGAGGUGGUGGAGGAUCCAGUCGAAAAGACGGCCGCAGUGAGUUUGGAGCUGUUUAGGGCCGAUUUGAUGCAGAGAAUGAAAAGGAGCAGGAUGGCGACGGAAGCAGUGAGAAUAUCACACAUGUAGCGCGUUUGGGUGUAAAUAUUAUUUUCCUUCCUCCUGUCCUGCAAGGCCCCCGACGAAGACAGACCGUCGGGGAGACGGAGAAAUAGUUAGAGAGCAUAAGUGUACACCUAUGGAAAUGUUUAUCAUGAAAGGAGACGUGGAAACGAGCCGCGCCACAGCACGGGCGAGCCUUUCGGACACGCCGAGUUCGGCUCCUUGUCACGGGCAGCAGUGAGACGCAAGACCCGGGCUUUUGGAGAUGCAAAUUAGGCUGUUAAUUCUGCCUCCGUUUGAGGUGAAACGCCGAUUCUUGGUAUCUUAACAGACGUUGUGGAUUACGGCCCUUGACGUUACACAGUUGACGGGGGCAGAGAGCGGGGAAACUAAGCAAAAAAAAAAAAAAAAACUACACUGCAUGUGAAGGAGGAAAAAGCCCGAGCAGGAUUCAGCAAACUGAGAAGGCGGCCUCGGUGUCGUCAGCAACAGUAUCCUGCCCUUUCUCUGACAGCAAAAUACGCGUAAUGGACACAUAAUUUCUACAGUGCUGCACCACGGGCAGUUUUUGGAGCAGGCCAGGGACGUCAAACGGUGUGAAUAUGGGUUGUUUGGGCAACAGUAAGACCGAAGACCAGAGAAAUGAGGAGAAGGCACAAAGAGAAGCAAACAAAAAAAUAGAGAAACAGCUCCAAAAAGACAAACAAAUAUACAGAGCAACACACAGACUACUACUUUUAGGAGCAGGAGAGUCGGGAAAGAGCACCAUAGUGAAACAGAUGAGGAUCCUACAUGUCAACGGCUUCAAUGCAGAAGAGAAGAAGCAGAAAAUUCAGGACAUCAAGAAUAAUAUCAAAGAGGCUAUUGAGACCAUAGUAGCAGCUAUGAGCAACCUGACACCGCCAGUGCAGUUGGCGUGCCCACAGAACCAGUACCGGAUCGAAUACAUCCUCAACCUCGUGAAUCAGAAGGACUUUGAGUUUCCAUCUGAGUUUUAUGACCAUGCGAAGACACUUUGGCAGGAUGAGGGGGUCAGGGCGUGCUACGAGAGAUCCAAUGAGUACCAGCUAAUCGACUGUGCACAAUACUUUCUAGACAAGAUCGACAUUGUUAAACAGAAUGACUACACUCCAACAGAUCAGGAUUUGCUGCGGUGCAGAGUACUGACUUCAGGGAUCUUUGAGACAAGAUUCCAAGUGGAUAAAGUUAAUUUCCAUAUGUUCGAUGUUGGGGGUCAAAGAGACGAACGCCGGAAAUGGAUUCAGUGCUUUAACGAUGUAACGGCCAUCAUCUUCGUGGUGGCCAGUAGCAGUUACAACAUGGUGAUCAGAGAGGACAAUCAGACCAACCGAUUACAAGAGGCACUCAACCUCUUCAAGAACAUCUGGAACAACAGGUGGCUGCGGACCAUUUCUGUCAUCUUGUUCCUAAAUAAACAGGACCUGCUAGCAGAGAAGGUGCUGGCAGGGAAGUCCAAAAUCGAGGAAUACUUUCCUGAAUUUGCUCGCUACACCACACCUGACGAUGCAACACCGGAGCCUGGAGAAGAUUCACGUGUUACAAGGGCAAAGUACUUCAUAAGAGACGAAUUCCUGAGGAUCAGCACAGCAAGUGGGGACGGGAGGCACUAUUGUUACCCGCACUUCACCUGCGCCGUCGACACAGAAAACAUCCGCCGUGUCUUCAACGACUGUCGGGACAUCAUUCAGCGGAUGCACCUGCGGCAGUACGAGCUGUUGUGAUGGGAGAGGAACGGGGUUCAGCCAAAAACACAAAACAGAUCGGACUAUGAGAAACCCUGAACCCUGAGUCUCUGAACUCCCCUCUUCCACAGAAGUGUGUGAGCUCUUGUGAAGGAAUGGGGCCAAAACACACACACACACACACACACACACACACACACACACACACACACACAUACACACACUUUCAGUAUACGCACCCUGAACCCAGAACUUCACCUCAUUUAAACUCCGUACCUGCAGUAGACAGAGCUAUUUUGAUGGAAGAGUUUGAUGGGCUAACACAUAAACAAACUCUGAUCUCCACCUUCAGCCAUAGUCCCAGAUCCUCACCUUUCAACAUCAUGUAUAAUCCCUGUUACCUUCACCUUUCCAAAAACCCUGACUGGCCCCGUCUGGACUGUAUUUCGUGCAGUGAGGUGGGUUUGAGCUGCCGUUGAGAUUGUGAGAUUCUUCUCUUGUUCAGGUCGGGAUGAAAACCGAAAGAGCUACUACUUCAGUGCAACUGCAACUUGAAUUACUGCAAAUAGAGAAUAAACAUGUCACAGCAGAUGAGCUGAACACUGUAUCUAACAAAAAAACACAAGCACUGUGCUCAGGACUUGACUCAAACCGUGUACACCAAUCCUUCCUAUCACUUAAACACAUCCAUAAAUUCAAUCACAAGAUCUGCUUGCACACAGAAACGUAUCACAUCUGCUUUUUAUUGGACUGCACAACCGUGGUGGAUGGGGAAACGUACUGAUCUGCUGACGAGUCUGCAACUCGUCGACCAGCUGGCAGAUUUUUCUGGCACACUGCUUUGAGAUUAAACAGACUUGAGUGACCGACUGCGCAGCCAAGCUCCGAGGAGCAGCGUUACCACAGACUACACGGACCAGGGGUGUGUUGUGAUCAGUCAGGCCGCAGGGGGUGCGAGGGUUCACAAAGACGGGACAGAGCUGACUCUGAUGUGAAUUUCUCUGAUGGAGUCCGGACACGUUUGACAGGGACGACGCCAACGGUCCUUCAGCUUCUCCACAGAAUUGUUUUGCCACCUGACUUUGCCUUGGUGGUGGUGGAACAAAAACAUGAGGAGGAUAUAAGGAGUUUAAAACAAAAAAGAAACGAAAAAAAUGCCAUCUUUUAUGGAACUUAACAAACAGAGGGCAAAAACCAUCCUUCUACAGUACAGUACCAUAUAAGUUAAAGAGAACUCUCAUCAUGUCAUGAUUGACCCUGUUUUACUGUCUCCACAGCUGUUUUUGUCUGUGUAGACUUUUGUGCCAUUGUGCCCUGUGCGCUCUCUUUCUUUAUCUUUACGCUUUCUGUCUUUGUCAUUCUCUCCUUUUUUUCACCCCUGCUCUUUCUCCUCUGAGGAUUUUACUCACCUCUCUGUCUUCACAUUUGUCCCCCUCUCUCUUCACUUCCCCCCUUCCUCCCCUCCAACACCUGCCCAUCUGCACUUUUACCUUUCUGACAGUGCUCUUUUGUUUUAAGAGAAAAUAAAAUAUAAUAAUCCUGGAAUAUAAAAAAAAAAAACAAGAUAACGACAACAAACGAGACACUAAUGUUUUUUUUUUUUGUUAUGUUUUUUUUUAGUCAUGUGGUCAGACAACCCGCUCUCACCUCCCUGCCACUCCUCCUCCUGUCUUUCCUCCAUCUUUCCUCUUUCCUCCCCAACCUCUUGCUCCUUUGAAUGUCUGUCUUUACUUUACUGCUGAACUAUUAUAAUUGUACAGACUGUAAAAUGUAUUAUUUUGUACAACUUCAUUGAAAAAAAUAACUUUUAGAAGAUCCCUGUGCCUUGAUCACGACUGUACGUGUGUAAUGAGCUAAAGUGGGUGUCAUACUGCGCUGUAUAGCUUGGCCAAUCCCCUCCUAACUCUCUGGCUCCCUCGCCACUUCCAUCUCUCUCUCUGACAUUUCUUUAUCCCUCUGUCUCUCUCUUUCCUCUGUCCUCUCUUGCUCUCUCUCCUUGGGGACAGAGGACAACCAUUCAUAGCUUUUGUAGUUUUAUUUCUCUUCCCCUAUUCUCCCAUUCUCUUUAUGAUUUAAAUGUCUAUUUUUGGAUCCAUAUACCCCAAAAAGAUAAAUAUAUGAAAUGUAUAUGGGUUUUAAAAAAAGUAUUUUAUUAGAAUCAAAUGAACCUUGACAAAUUGUACACUUGAUAGUGUGCGUAUUGCUAUAACUUAAAUCCUUUCAACUGAAGUUGUGUUCAGGUUUCUUUUGUUUUCUUCCAUUGACAUCUGCAAAGGACAUUUUGAAGGGUUAAAGAGGAGAUGACAGAUGCAAAACAUUGCUUGUUUCUACACAAAUCUUAUUCUUUUGCUAAAAAAGGCCAAAAAAUGGGGGGGGGAAUUUCAGUUUAUUUUCUGAUGAGGAGGGAGGGGGUCCUCCUCCAUAGCCUUGCACAGCAGAGGUUGCCUGUACAGUAUCAGCAUUUCUCUCAUUUCAGUGCCCUAGUCUUCUUUUAAUGUGUACAUCUAAUAUGGGUCUCUACUUUCUGAACAGGAGCUCUAAGAAAUAAAGUUUUUUUUUUUUGGUG